AUGGAACAACCACACCUCGCAGGUCCCAGCCCCAUCAACCCAAUAACCUGCGUAGACAUGCACACAGCAGGCGAACCAACCCGGAUAAUCUGGAACAACAUCCCACCACUAGCAGGCACCCUUCUCGAACAAAGAGCACAAGCAAAGUCACGAUUCGACGAAUUCCGUCGACUCCUCAUGCUCGAACCGCGCGGGCACUACGAUAUGUACGGCGCCAUCUUACGUCCGGAGACCGAGCUCGUUGUCUCGGGCCAAGCUGAUAUGGGCGUUUUGUUUAUGCAUAACGAAGGGUUCUCGACGAUGUGUGGACAUGGGACUAUCGCGUUGGGCCGAUUUCUUGUCGAUGUUGAUGAGAAGAUUUUUCCCCGUCGGAAACAUUUGAGCUAUGACCCUGACUCUCGUACGACUGCUCUGAAUUUGCAUGUUCCCUGUGGAAUCGUGCGGGUUACGGUCCCUACUUUGAGCUCUGGGAAGUCAGAUGCGGAGCGUCCGGUGUCGUUUGUUUCGGUGCCGUCGUUUGCGACUGCUACUUCUUUGACGGUUUCGGUGCCGGAGAAGUAUCGUUGGGCUGAGCUGGGUGGGAGGAGCUCCGUUACGGUUGACAUUGCGUAUGGGGGUGCGUACUACUGUAUGGUUAGUGCGGAGGAGUUGGGGUUCCCUGGUGGGCUUGGGGAGGUUGCUUUGCAGGAUAUGGACCGUGCGAGCAAGUUGCUCAAGGAGACCGUGGUUGCCAAUCCGGAGCUGCAAUAUCUUACUCGGGAUAGCAGGACGGCGGAGGAGGGGUUCUUGUACGGGGUCAUGAUCACAGACUCGCGGCUUGGACACGUCAGUGCCGUGGAGGGAUCGGCGGCUUCUCGUGCCCAGUUGGAUGCUGGAAGUGAGGAGACGGGGCUGUGCUUCUUUGCCAAUCAGCAGAUUGACAGGUCUCCCACUGGGAGCUGUGUUGCUGCGAGGGUGGCUCUUGCCUAUGCUGCAGGAUCUUUGGCUAAAGGGGAGAAGAGGGUCUAUAAUUCUCUAGUGACUCGUGCUCAUAGAGGUCUUGCUGGCUUUGUUGGGUCCGUCUUUGAUGAUGCUGGGUCUGGUGGUGUACGAGUCUGUGUGGAGGGAUAUGCAUACUAUACCGGUUAUCACACUUUCGUAGUAGAGAAGGAAGAUGGCCUUGGGGUGGAUGGAUUCUCUGUCAGGGACAUUGCUUUGUAG